AUGAGGCUCUUAUUCUUAAUUUCAGCGAGCCAUAUCAUUGUAGGAAGUAUCGCGGCCACACUUCCUCUUACAAGACGUUGUGCAUGUCACACGCCCUCCAAUACUGCUUCACUGCUUGCUGCCCAGUAUGGCACCACGUUCGAUGUCGAUGUGACCUUCGGCAACCAGAUCUUUCAACUCCUGGUUGACACUGGCAGCAGUGACACAUAUGUGAUGCGGUCAGGCUUUACGUGCAUCAACGCGACGACCAACCUUGAGAUCCCCGAAGCCGACUGUCUCUACAGUGCUAAGACCUACGACCAAUCUUGCACUUAUCGUCAGAUCCAGAACGAAACCUUUGGCGUCCAGUACGGCAAUGGCAUCGCCAGCGGAGUCAUGGCCUACGAGGACAUCACCUUAGCCGGGAUAACUGUCGAAGGGCAAGCGGUUGGGAUCGCCGACCAGAGCAACCCCAUGGGCGACGGCGUCAACAGCGGCGUGCUGGGUCUGGGCUACCCAUCUCUCACGUCUGCCCAUCCUGGCAACCAUGCAGACAACAAGACGUUCUUCUACAACCGGACAACUCCGCUCAAUCUCUCGACCUCGACCUUUGGAGGCUACCUCACCCUCGGCGACCUACCCCCUGUACCCCACGUCCCGUACUUCUCCGUCGUGCCCGUGGAGAUCCUGGACAACAUCCCCGCCAAGUUCACCUCGGGCCAACGCAGCCGAUCCUACUGGGCUUUCACGGUAUCAGCCGUCACGUACGGCGAACCUCACGCGGAGAACACCACAACCAACACGACGGCGUUCCAGGCCUUCACCGAUACCGGAAACGAGUUCAGCUUUCUUCCUGCUGCGGUGGUGGAACCUAUCAACGCCCUAUUCUCCCCGCCGGCGAUGUAUGACAAUGCGCUGCGGGUGUACGUGGUGGCUGCAAUGCAGAAACGCCCACCUACUGGGGACGGGACUUGUGUGUCGCUGCUUGCGUCGUCGGAAACGGUGGCGUAUGAGGGCGUUAUGUUGAAUAUUCUGGGGGUGUCGUUUUUGAAAAAUGUGGUGUCGGUGUAUGAUUUUGGGAGGAAUGAGUUGCGGUUCGCGCAGCGGUUGGAUUGA